AUGAGCUGCAGCCUUUUUUCCGCCUGUCUUUCAGCUAUGGCUGGACCCAGGCCAGUGGUGUUCAGCGGCCCGUCGGGGGCAGGAAAGAGCACCCUGCUGAAGAUGCUAAUGAAGGAACAUAACAGUGUUUUCGGCUUCAGCGUGUCCCAUACAACAAGAAAUCCUAGACCUGGCGAGGAGAACGGCAGAGAUUAUCACUACGUGACCCGCGAGGAGAUGCAGGCAGGCAUCAACAACGGCGAUUUCAUUGAGAAUGCCGAGUUUUCCGGAAACCUGUACGGAACGAGUAAAGCCGCCGUGCAAGCCGUCCAAGCCAAGAACCUCAUCUGUAUACUUGACAUUGACAUGCAGGGUGUGAAAAACAUCAAACGGACAGACCUCAACCCCAUCUACGUUUCCAUCCAGCCGCCAUCGAUGGAAGUCCUGGAAAAACGUCUCAGAGAGAGGAAAACGGAGUCAGAGGAGAGUCUCCAGAAGCGUUUACAAGCAGCCCAAGUGGACAUGGAGUUCAGUAAAGAGGCCGGCGUGUUUGAUGUCAUCAUUGUUAAUAAUAGUUUGGAGGAUGCUUAUGGGAAGUUAAAACAAUCUCUUCUGGAGGAAAUUAACAAGGUGAAGAAAGUCAACAUUUCAUCGUAG